AUGUUUCUCCAAAUCGAUGCAGCUAAUACUAAUCCAUUUCAAAAUAUUUGUAAUAUUUCAGGACAAGAGUUGGAAUGCAUUUCUGUGAUAUUGAAAGCCAGAGAAGUCAGCUCGCGUCGCUUCCACAGCCUGAAAACCUCAUCCGAGCCGCUUGUCGAUGUGAAAGGUAUGGCUGACCGCAUUAUUUCUAUGCGAACUCAACUGCGGGAUCUGCUGGCCAAGGAGGGAUCUAAACGCAAUUGGCAGCACAUAACUGAUCAAAUUGGAAUGUUCUGCUACACUGGAAUCAAUCCUCAACAGGUGAGUACACAGGCAUUUCUACAGAAGGCGUAUCGUGUGACAUAG